UUUGAAUUUAGGUAAGUUUAAAACAUCUUCCAUCGAAGGAACAAUGCUUAAGCAAGAAGAAACCAUGGUGUAGAAAAGCAAAGCAGAGACACGAGCGAGCGAGAGAGAGAGAGAGAGAUGUAUCGGUUUAGUAACAGCGUUGUUGGCAUCCUCAACCUCUUCACCAUCUUCAUCUCCAUCCCCGUCAUAGGUGGUGGUCUAUGGCUAGCGAAGAACAGCAGCACCUGCGAGGCGUUUCUACAGAUGCCCCUCCUUAUCAUCGGCUUCGUAAUCCUCAUCAUCUCCCUAUCAGGCUUCAUCGGCGCAUGCUUCAACAUAGCAUGCGCCCUCUUCCUCUACCUUGUGAUCAUGUUGGUGCUCAUCUUCUCACUUCUGUCGCUCACAGUCUUUGCCUUCGCCGUUACCAGCAAGGGCCAUGGCGUCCAGGUUCCGGGCAGGGUGUACAAGGAGUAUCACCUUAAUGACUACUCUCCCUGGCUUAGAGCGCAGGUGAGCAAAGAGAGUAACUGGAGGGGUAUCAGGAGCUGCAUCCUCAGCUCCAAGAGCUGUUCUGCCAUUGCUCAGUGGACGCCACUUGAUUAUUUGGAGAAGGAUAUGACCCCCAUCCAGUCGGGCUGCUGCAAGCCGCCGACGGCGUGCCAGUACGGGGCGCAGGGGACGGUGGUAAUGGGGAUGGGAGGGGCGGAGCAAGACUGCUACAGGUGGAACAACCUGCCGGGGGUGCUGUGCUACGAAUGUGACUCCUGCAAAGCGGCGGUGCUGGAGAACAUGAAGCGCGACUGGCAGAAGCUGUCGGUGCUCAACAUCACCAUGCUCGUCAUCCUCGUCGGCCUUUACGCUAUCGGCUGCUGUGCCCUCCGCAACACCCGCAGGGCCGAGACAGACUACCCCUACGGCGACAACCGUAUGGACAAGAUUCGUCCCCGGUGGGACUACCGCUGGUGGAGGUGGUGGUAUGACUGGAAAGAGCGGCUUUUCUAGAUUCCGUUUUGAUGCCCACUUCCUUUGUCUCUCCUUUUUAUUUUUCCUUUUUACUUUUCCUCUCUUGUAUGUAUUACAUACGCGUCAGUUUGUAUUUCCUUGGCCGUAAGAAAGUUGCCGUGUCUCUCUUUGUACAAUAGUCACAAACUAUAAAAUCUUAGCCUCCGACUGUAGCUUGCCGACGCUGGCUAAAAUAAUAUGCUGACAGCAAAUGUAGCCAA